AUGACAGUUUUACUUCCAUCAAUCAUUGCUUAUUUGAAAAAGCUUUGUCUGGCCGAAAAUCUUUCACUCGACAAAAGGGAAUCUCUUGAAGAAAGCCAUACGGUUGAUCUUGAAUCGCUUUUCACCCAUGCUUCGUUGCGCCCAGAAGGCACUGGUAAAGACGUGGCUAGCCAAAAGCAGGUCGACAAGGAAAUGGCGUCCAUUCACAAGUCCAAAGCAUGGAUGCACCUAAAAUCAGAGGAUGCUAACGCACUAUCAAACGCCGAAAAAGACUGUCUCAAGGCGCUCGAGUUGGAUCCCAAAUACACAAAAGCCCAAGUACGAUUGGGCUCUGUUCUGUUGGCACAAAAAAAGUAUAAAUCUGCUGUGGAUAUCCUUGAAAAAGCCUCUUUGGCGGAUCCGACAAACGAGUCAAUCACAUCGCAACUAGCAGAGGCCAAGGCUUUGUUAUCAAAUGAGCAUCCCUCAAGUAAGGACGCAGCUCCAAAUGCUCCAGGAUUCGACCUAUCUUCAUUACUUUCCGAUCCAAAUUUAAUGUCUAUGGCGCAGAAUUUCAUGAGCUCUGAUGCUGCAAAAGGGUUAUUAAAUAACCCCAACAUUGCAAACCUUGCAUCCCAAUUCCUUGGAAGUGGCAUGAAGGGAAAUGGGCCUCCAAAAUAA